AUGGUUAGAAUUACAGAACAGUUGAUACGUAAGAAAUCGGAGCAUAACGAGCUAAUUAUCGGUACGCUUGAGGAACUUUCGUUACAUCAGGAAGACAUCGAGCGCAUCGAGCAUAUCGGUCAAUGGUGUCGAGAUCUCAAGAUACUACUGCUGCAAUCGAAUCUCAUCCCAAGGUUGGAGAAUCUAAAUCGACUGAAGAGACUAGAAUAUCUAAAUGUAGCAAUCAACAACAUCGAACGUAUCGAAAACCUGGAACCACUAGAGGCACUUCGGAAGCUCGACCUAACACUCAACUUUGUCGGGGAGCUAACGAGUGUUGAAAGUCUCCAGGGUAACUACAACUUGCGUGAGAUGUUCCUUACCGGUAAUCCCUGCACGGAUUUUCCGGGAUAUCGGGAGUACGUCAUAACGGUUCUCCCGCAGCUAGACCAUCUCGACGGGAAAGAAAUUACACGCAGUGAACGUUUGCGUGCUGCCAAAGACUUUGCUUCCUUGCGUGAAACGGUCGUACAGCAUGAAGUGUUACACAAGAUCGAACGGGAUGAGCAACGGGUUCGUGUGCAGCAGUCGAUUACGGAGCAGGAAGAGUGUGUACGUGAUCUGCCGGAUGAUGAUGAGCGAAAGGCAAGCGAAUUCUGGCAGCAGAAAAGCGAACACUGUCCAGAAACACGCAUCCAAAUGGCAAAGUUCUCACGCCGCGGUAAAGACCGCCCUGCCAGGGAUGCCGAUAAGUCGGAAGAGCAGAAACGAAAGCGAAGACUCUUUGCUGAAUGUGGUCGCCCGUACAGUUUGAAUGAACCACGGUUAAGCUUUGAAUUUCGCGAUGAACCGGAUCGAUUCGAGCUGGAUUUACAUCUGUACAAAUAUCUCGACACGUCGCUGGUGGAUGUGGACGCCCAACCAAACUAUGUGCGCGUAACGGUCAAAGGUAAGGUGUUUCAACUUGCCCUUAAGCAUGAAAUCCAGGCAGAUCGUUCCACCUGUCAACGAUCGCAAACCACCGGACACAUGUUAGUUGUGAUGCCAAAGGUACACCCCGAACGCAUGAUUAAACCAUCUACGGGAAGACAAAUGAUUUCUUCUUCAGGAUCUGGAACGGUGGCACGACCCAACACUAAUUUAACUGGAACCGUAGAUAUUCGAAGCAUUUGCAACAGCACCAACAAUUCAAAACCGUCCCGAAUAAAUGAAGACGAAGUACCGGACUUGAUUUAA